AUGGGCGACCGCCAUAUGUUCUCUGACCUUCACAGCCGAGGUCAUGGUCACAGCGACCUCCCCAUGGACUAUAUCAAUCGCAUGCUCAAUCGUCACUCGCGCUCUACAUCACGCCCAUACCAAAGACCCCACUCGCGUCCACCUCCGCCGCCAGCAGCUAGCCCACAGACGAGCCCUCGCCGACAAGAGAAGUCCAGCGCGCCGCGACAACAUAUGCGCAAGCACCACCGGCUUAAGAUGACGUCCUUCACUGGACCGUGGACUGACGACGUAGAUGCGCUCAAGAAGGCGGUUCAGUCUAUGCCCGACCAGUACAAGUCGUCUUUCUCCAGCGCAUCCAAUGAGGUCCUCGAGAAAGUCUGUGACCCGGAAGUCCUGCACGUCUGGGAGACUGACUCCGAUAUCGAUAACAUGCUCCAACUCACUUCAGUCAUCGCGAAGCUAUGCAACCUCGGGACACGCAAGGAGAAAGGCGCAAACGCAAGCGAUGGCGCCAUGGUCAUCAUCGCCGAGGAGAAGUCCGGCCGCAAUAACUUCGCUCGCAUAUGCCAGCUCGUCGAGCACCUGACCUGCGCGAACGGGAAGAAACAUCUAGAUGGCACAGUCGCAGCAUUUGGCACCAUCGUCGUCGUCAUAGGAUGGAACAACAGUAUACGCAGCGACAACACAGGCAAAGAAGUCGAUAGCACCGUCAAGCGCAUCAACAUCGCCAUCGAGCGCGUGUUCAAAAUGAGCAGCACCAAGAAAGAGCUCAUCUGGCACCACGGCCCCGUCGUACACUUCCUCCUCACUUGGAUCAACAAAACCUCCUCCACCCCUGCGCUCAGCUCUAUCGAUAGCGUCAAGCCCUCGCCCGCUGGCCGCGCAAACACACUCCCAGACCUCACCUGCCUCGAAACCUAUGCGCGGAAAUUAGAUAUCCCAAUCCUUUUCCUCGACCCGGCCAGCCAGUUGCUCAAUUUCCCACACUUGGCGUCCUACAUGUACUACUUCGCAUACUAUAUCAACACGUUUCUGCCGUCCUCGCUCAGCCGGCCGCACUUGCACAAAGCGCAGGACUCGCUCGUAACCUUCGCGUUCCAGAUCCUCGGCGCAAGUAAAGCCAAAUAUGGCGAGACGGUCGUCAAAGCCGUGAAGGCGCAUCUCGACCCCGGCGCGGCGAAGAAGUGGGCGAGACAGUGUGUCGACGCGCGGAACUAUGAGAAGAGCAAGUGUAGAGCUGCGGGCGCGGAGCAAGGCAUACACCGCGCUGUUCAAAUCGCAGACAGUCCCUUCUCACUCUUCUCCUCCUCCUCCUGCCCCUCCCUCCCAGCGUUUUCGAGACUCGCGGUUGGACCCGCAGCACUCGGCAGUAUCGAAUUCCACACCGCAGCACCCGUGAAUAUCGACCUUCUCCCAAUCCCGCAUGCGCCCCGCGAACCCGGCGACAUGCUACAUCCUCCUCCCCGCGCACGCGCAGGAUAA